AUGCUGGAUAGAAGGAAACUCACCAGCAGCGACGACGCUGCUCGCCUUGAUUUCAUAAGCAUUGACUGUGAAGCAAGUAGUGGAUACAUUGAUCCACGAACUGGAAUCUCACAACUCCAGCCUCUGAGAAGUUUCCCAGAAGGGGAAAGGAAUUGCUACACCCUGAAACCAAAACAAGGCGAAAGCAACAAUUACCUCAUCAGAGCUUUCUUCGCAUAUGGGAAUUACGAUGCCAAAAGUAAAACUCAAACAUUUGACUUGUAUCUCAAUGUCGAUUUUUGGACAAUUGUGGAUUUGGAUUUGACUGAUCAUCUUCAAGUUGUAGAGAUUAUCCAUACUCUCACAACCGACUCCAUACACGUUUGCCUUGCCAACACUGGCAGAGGAACACCUUACAUUUCUACAUUGGAACUACGACCUCUUGGGAAUUCUAUUUAUCUAGCUUCAUCUCCUCUAUCUCCAUCUCCUUCUCAAUCACUAUUAGUCCUUGAUACGAGAGUCGAUGUUGGUUCCACUAAGUUUGCCUCAGGAGACUUUACAAGAUUUAAGGAUGACACCUAUGAUCGUUUGUGGCGUAUGGACGAUAUUUCCCCAGAUCAGGGUUGGGAAGUGUUCCAUAGGUCGAACGAUAUUGAUGUUGAAAGCAUUAACGAUUCUUACAAAUUACCGAAGGAAGUGCUUAUGUCUGCGACCAGAUCACGGAAUCUCUCCUCUGCUGUACAGCUUGACUAUGAAUCUCACUGGACGACACCACUUGAAAAGUCUUUUAAUUAUUAUGUCAUCUUUCACUUUGUUGAAAUUGAGAAGCUUCCCGCUGGGCAAAAGAGAGUAAUUGAUAUUACUGUCAAUGGUCAAAAUAUCCUCUCACGGCCGAUAACUCUUGAAUACUUCAAGCCAGUGACAAUUAUUAAUGUCACAAAUCAAGAUGGUCUUCAUUUCAAAAUAAGUGCGACAUCAGAAUCUGAUGCUCGUCCAAUCCUUAAUGCCGUUGAAGUUUAUAAAUUUGUAUCGCCACUAGCAUCUCCAACGGUCCAAACAGAUGGUACGCUUCUGUAG